CAUCGAUGCAGCCCCGCCACUAGCGUUCGUGUUUUAUUUUUCCAACUCAACGGCUGGCUGAAAUAACGGUGAACAAUGGCGAAGAGUGUCGGUGCGUGCGCGCGAAUUGCGAUCCUUCUGGCCGUGCUCUGCGGCGCCUCGGGCCUGUCGAGACGCGAUACAUACGAGAUUCUGGACACAAAUCUGCCGGUCCUGGAUACCUAUGGAGUGGUGCCACUUCAGACGGAACAGCUGCACCGCCAGAGGCGGGCCCUUGCGGUGGAUGCGAAGCCGGACGCAAAGCUGGAGACUAAGGGUGAGCCCGCCAAUGCCACUGCGGAGGUGAAGGCGGCGGUCGCGGCUGCCACUGGAGCCGGAGCCGGAGCCGGAGCGGCGACCGCGGAGACCACGGUGACCACCGUGGACAACAAGGCAGCGGUCGGCGGCAGUGUGUCCUACAAUGUGCACAAUGUGGGAGUGAAUGGCACCGGGCAGCGCAAGACCUACAGCGACGUGGCCCCGAAUUCCAACGCCACCGGCAAUCCCAUCAAUGUGGCCGCCAAGAAGCAGACCCUGUUGGCCCAGUCAAGCUAUCCCAAGAAGGUGGCCGCCUCCGCCGUUGUCGCCACCAGCAGCACGGAUGGCGCGGUGGCGGACAUUGAUGUGGAUGUGUCCAAAGUGGAUGUGCCCGAGGACGAGAUCUAUGCGAGGGAGAAGAACGAGUCGCUGAUACGCAGCGAGGAUAAGCACGACUACUACAACAGCGUGUUCUACGUCAACAAGGAGGAGAUGACUUCGCUGUGGGAGGAGCUGAGGAAGACGCCCAAAAACGACAUGCUCUCCUCGUCCCACCGACGGGCGAUGACCGUGGAGCUUAAGUUCCCCUUCCCCUUCUACGGCCAUCAUGUGCGCAACAUCACGGUGGCCACCGGCGGUUUCCUGUACACCGGCGAGUACGUCCACUCCUGGCUGGCGGCCACCCAGUACAUUGCCCCACUGAUGGCCAACUUUGACACGAGCAUGUCCAACGACUCGUUCGUCCGCGUCCAAGACAAUGGAACCGCCUUCAACGCCGUGUGGGAGAAUGUGACGCUGCAGGACAAACCGGACUACGGCAAGUUCACGUUCAGCGUGACGCUGCACCAGAGCGGCGACGUGGUCUUCACCUACCUGCAGGUGCCCACGCAGAUCAGCUCCAUCCUGGACAAGGAGCAUCCGGUCAAGGUGGGCCUCUCCGACGCCUACAUCAUCGACAAACAGCUCUACUUUGUCCGAAGGAAGACAAUCUACGAGUACCACCGAGUCACCUUCCAGCAGCAGGAUAUCACCAACUACACCAUCAUCAAGCUGACAGCCCAGCCCACCUGCCUUGGCUACGAUGACUGCAAUUCGUGCAUCAACCACAACACCACGUUCACGUGCCUCUGGUGCUCGGCACUGAAUCGCUGCUCCACGGGCACCGAUCGCAAGAAGCACGAGUGGAUCCAAAAGGGAUGUGAGAUCGCUGCCAUUCGUGUGAAUAGUUCGUGUCCGGCGCUCGGCGAGAAGGGAAAUAAUGCAGCCCAAAUGAAGGACGGUUCCGCGGCCGCGGGCAGUGCGAGUGGGCCCACGACGGCGGCCACCGGCUCCUCCACUCCGGUGACGGAGCCCACUGUGAUCAGUACGCGGGCACCGCACGCCACCGCCCAGUCGAAGCCCGAGGCGGAGGCCGCCAGUGGCGGCCACACGGACAGCAAAAUCGGAACCGCCGAUCUUUCGCACGCGGAGGCGGACAACAAGAGCGUGGGCGUGGCCUUUGGCUUCAUGGUGCCCAUCUGCCUGGUGUUCGCCGUGACGCUGUGGCUCUUCUACGCGUACCGCAAUCCGCACACCAAGAGCGGCCAGCUGCUCAUCCAGUUCCGUCCCAGCCAGUGGUCAUGGAGACGCGGCGAGGCCCGCUAUACGGCGGCCACGAUACACAUGUAGGGCGUGAUCGACGGAGACGUAGAGGGGUACAGAGACCGCGAGACGUGGGAGGGAGCUGCAGCUAUACCGACGAAGAACCAACUAACCAACCAACCAACCAAACCCCAACCUUGAACCCCCAUGGAGCAGUGUCGUGAACUGGGAACUGAGAAGGAAUCAUCAUUAUUGCCAUCGUUUACGAUUUUUACAACACGGAUUAACCCGAGGAACCGAGCAAAGUGCCAAGCGGAUUCCAAACUUUUGAAGAGAUUUUAACCCGUCUGCAAUGUGAUGUUCCAUGUCCAACCGUGAAAUGACAAAUUUUUUAACCGAUUGUUGAGAUUUGGCUCAGACCGUUGCUGAAGCUGAAAUUAAAAGCAAUCUACACAUAUAUGUACCAAGAAACCAACUGCUCAAAAGCCCAUAAUGUAAAACAAAUGAGAAGAAACAAGACAAAAAAGACGACUGGCAACAGCAUGAAGUGAUUCGUUAAUGUAUCUUUUUUACCGAUUUACCGCGUCCGUAAACGUACCGCCUGCCCCCAAUAAGAAGGAACAACAUGCCCCCGAAGACAACUGUGUAUAUUGUGAACCCCCAGACCAAUGGCUCCCACCAGGCCACGCACACACACCUUACACCCCACACCUUGCACCCCAGACCUUACACCUAACACCUUAUAGCAUAGUGUAGCUUACACCUAACACCCCAAGCACCCUUAACACCACACACCUCUGACACAGGGCGAAGUGCUUUCAAUUGUUUCAUAGUUCAAUUUUUUGUUUAGGGUUUCUUGUAUCUUACUCUGCAUUCUGUAUUCUGUACUCCAUACUCCAUACGCUGUACUCUAGAAGCCUGAAAAAAGGGAAGAAAAAACGAAGACCGAGGAAGGGCUGUAUAUUUUUUGUGUGCGUGCGCGUUUUGCUGGACUCUUCGCCGAAAGUUCUUCCUCAUUCUGUGUAAUUUUUUUUGUUCGUUUGUUUUAUUUUAAGUGUGUGUAGCUUGGGAAGCAAUUACGGGAUAAAUGUAUUACUGCGAGCACUCGGCGCAGUUUUUCAUACUGUAUUAUACGCGAUUUGUAUGAAAGUUUUAUGUGUGUAUAUGCGUGCAGGGAAAUCCACAUUUCGUUUUUUACGAGCACGCAUGGCCCCUAUUCUAUAUAUAUAUAUAAAUAUUAUACAGAUAUACAUGGCGUAUACACGGAUAUAUCCAAGACAACCUCUUCUUUUUGUUAGUAUUUUUUUCUAUUAAUUAAUAUUACAAAUGAAAAUGCAAACCAAGAAAGUAAACCUAUAUAUAUACAUAAAAGGAAAAUAUAAAACUAUAACUGAAAGCGGUGUGCAAAGCUAAACUAAAUACAUAAUUAACUAAGUAAGGGAGAUUGGAACCGGGAGAGGAGAUUAAAGCAUGUAAUAUCAAUGAUAACAGAUUAAACGGAACCCAAUUAAAACCCCAAGCACGCAAGCGACAACAACUAAGAAAAUUGUAUAACAAUGUAUUUUGAUAAAGAAAUUAAACUUGUAUUUUAAGCUCUUCUUAUGUAUACAUGAUAAUUUAAAUAAAAAAACACGAGAAAAUGAAA